AUGGCGCCGCAAACUCCCCUAUACAUCGGGUUUGACCUAUCCACCCAACAGCUCAAAGGUAUAGUCGUCAACUCAGACUUGAAAGUUGUGUAUCUCGCCAAAUUCGACUUCGAUGCCGAUUCCAAAGGCUUUCCGAUCAAGAAAGGCGUUCUCACAAAUGAAGCGGAACAUGAAGUAUUCGCGCCCGUCGCAUUGUGGUUGCAGGCCCUGGAUACGGUGCUAGAAAGCCUGCGCCAACAAGGGCUGGAUUUCAGUCGAGUAAAGGGAAUCAGUGCAGCGGGCCAACAACACGGUAGUGUUUAUUGGGCGCAGGAGGCAGAGUCUCUCCUUCAUCAACUUGAUGCGGGGAGAUCAUUGGAGGAUCAGCUCCAGUCUGCGUUCUCCCAUCCAUACAGCCCCAAUUGGCAAGACUCGAGUACGCAGAAGGAGUGCGAUGAAUUUGACGCUGUUCUUGGAAGCCCCGAAGAGCUCGCACUGGUCACAGGAAGCAAAGCGCACCAUCGAUUCACAGGUCCUCAGAUUCUUCGAUUCACACGAAAAUACCCCGAAGUAUACAAAAAGACAGCCCGCGUCUCCCUCGUCUCAUCCUUCCUUGCCUCGCUCUUCCUGGGCCGUAUCGCCCCCUUUGAUAUCUCGGAUGUAUGCGGUAUGAACCUAUGGAACAUUCAAAAGGGAGUCUUCGAUGAUCGCCUCCUCGAGCUCUGCGCUGGGAAAUUUGGCCUCGAAGAUUUAAAACAAAAACUGGGUGAUGUGCCCGAGGAUGGUGGUCUCCAUUUAGGCUCCGUCCACCCAUAUUUCACCAAACGCUACGGGUUCAGUUCCAACUGUACAGUGAUCCCAGCGACUGGUGACAACCCAGCGACUAUUCUGGCAUUGCCACUCCGUCCUUCAGACGCCAUGGUGUCUCUAGGAACAUCGACCACCUUCUUAAUGUCCACGCCAAAUUACAAGCCAGACCCAGCUACCCACUUCUUCAACCACCCCACCACCGCCGGGCUAUACAUGUUCAUGCUCUGUUAUAAGAAUGGUGGUCUUGCGCGUGAAUAUGUUCGCGAUGCGAUUAAUGAUAGCCUGAAAGAUACCCCCGAUCAACCAUGGGCUUUCUUCGACGAGAUCGCCUUGAGUACCCCUUCAUUAGGCCAAUCGAAUGCUGCCGAUCCGAUGAAAAUGGGACUUUUCUUUCCUAGACCUGAAAUUGUGCCCAAUAUUCAUUCUGGACAGUGGCGAUUCGCCUACGAUUCCAAAACAAAAACCUUGACGGAAACCACGGAAGGAUGGACUGUGCCUCGAGAUGAGGCGAGGGCUAUUGUUGAAAGUCAGAUGCUCUCUUUGCGUCUUAGAUCAAAAGACUUGACUCAGAGUACUGAAGAUGGAAGUGGUGAAGGACUCCCUGCCCAGCCACGCCGAGUAUAUCUUGUUGGCGGUGGAUCCAAGAACAAGGCUAUUGCUAAGAUUGCUGGAGAAAUCCUUGGAGGCGUCGAAGGCGUGUAUAAGCUUGAUAUUGGUGAUAAUGCCUGUGCUUUGGGAGCUGCUUAUAAGGCUGUUUGGGGUAUGGAGCGACAACCGGGUCAGACUUUCGAGAACCUGGUUGGGCAGCGAUGGAAUGAAGACGAGUUUAUUGAGAAGAUUGCGGAUGGAUAUCAGCCAGGAUUGUUUGAGAAGUAUGGUGAGGCCGUCGAAGGAUUUGCACAAAUGGAAGAUCAGAUUGUGCGUCGGGUGCAUGGCGAGGGAAAAUAG